AUCCGGGGAAAAAUUUGCACGUUAGCAGAGCGAAAGAAUGGCGGCCAUCGAAAAUUCCAUUUUGAACGUCCUAUUGGUCAUCGUGAUCACAUUAUGGCAUGCUGACGGUGCUCGGAUGCACAACAGUUCCAGCCAUACCCAUUCAGGACUGCGAACGGUCAACGUGAAUUAUGUAUUCCAAAAGUGGCCAAAUAACACGGCGCUUUAUUAUAUCGAGCCGGGAGCGUACAAUGAUACGGAAUUGGUGUUAAUUCGACGCGGGUUACUGCGCGUAAUGUCCGACAUCCACAUGUGCGCCACAUUCGUCGAGGUACUGCCCAAUGAUCCGCGGUUUAAGCUGCGCAUAACACCGAGAAAUUUUGACAAUGACUCCUUAGCCGAGUACUGCUAUUCGUUGCCGGGAAUGGCGGAAAUGCAGUACCGGCGCGGCGAUGUCGAACAGCGCCUGGUUAUCACGCGGGGCCAGCAUGGAUGCCUGAACAGCCUUCACCGGGUCAUGAAACUAUUCGCGAUUGUACUGGGGAAACGUAAUGAAUAUCAGCGUCCAGAUCGCGAUUUGUAUAUUGCCCUGAAUCCUAGCGCAGUUAUUAACCCGAUGCUGCAGCACGCGUAUAGAAAAUACGAAACUACCGAGGCGUUCUCGGUGUGCAUGUAUGAUUACUGCUCCAUUACCCACGCGUCGGAGUACGAAUAUUCCCAAACGGGACAGCCGGCGUUCACUGUGCUCCAGCCGCCGCAUUUUAUUCCCCAGCUGGAGCGAUUAAGUGAAUGCGACUGUCAAGAGUUGAUGGAUCUCUAUGGAUGCCCGACUGAACGAUGUGCCAAGCUCAACUGUGCUGCCGAAGUUCCACCGGCUAACCCUGCCACCUUUCCCACAUUCGCACCCAACCCAACAAUCCCAACGUUCCCGACAUUCCCCACGUUUCCGCCUCCUCCACCGGUUCCACCCUUCCAGACAUUCCAGCCGUUUCCUACAUUUCCCACUUUCCCUCCGCUUCCUACAUUCCCGCUUUUCCCCACGUUUGACCCCAAUCCGCCGGCAACCACACCGGCACCUAUGACCUUUCAGCCCUUUCCUACGGGACAGACCUUCCCACCGUUCCCAACUUUCCCACCUUUUCCCACAUUUGGCCCCAAUCCUCCCGCUACCACACCGGCACCGCUUACCUUUGAGCCCUUUCCUACGGGGCAGACCUUUCCACCAUUCCAAACGUUCCAGCCGUUCCCAACGUUUGACCCAAAUCUUUCCAUUACUACACCGGCACCGCAGACCUUUCCGCCAUUCCCGACGGCGCCACCGGAAGUGACCACCACGGUAUCGGUCACCGAUCCCACGACCACCAUCUGCUACACAAUGCCGACGGUAACGGCACCCGUGCAAUUUGCGGCGGUUACGACACUCCAACCCAGCGUUACCGGAGCGCCAGUGGCGACCACCACAUGCACAACGCAGAUCGGAAACUCUGGAAUCGAUCGUUUCCAAAGCAGGGCAUCAUUUCGCGGCGACAACCUAGAGCUUUUCAAUAACGUUUUCGAAGCACCGGCGCAUUAUCGGGAGAAGCGAGCACCCCGCCAGCGGAUAAAGAAACGCCCAUUCCUUCGCGUCACGGACACCGAUCCAAAGUAUCAGAAAUGGCCGGACGGUAUCGUCAAAUACUACAUCGACAGCAAAUACACUCCCAUGGAAAAACAGUACAUCGAGAGAGCCAUCAACACCGUGACCGCCAACUUGAAAGGCUGUAUAAAAUUUGAGCCGGUCUCUCCUGACCUCGAAGAAUUCAAGCUGAAGAUCACACCGGUGACCGACGACGGAGCGGAUGAGAAGCAGUGCUAUUCUUUUCCCGGCAUUUACAAGGAAUUCAUGUCCGGCAAGGAACAGCGCAUGGUAUUGGCGCGCGGAACACAAGGCUGUCUGGGCGGGACCAAGUACAACAUCCUGAAAUACUUUGCUCUUGUUCUCGGCCAGCGGACGGAGCAUCAGCGCCCGGAUCGCGAUGAUUUUAUCGAAAUUAUUAAGGAUAAUAUACAGGACGGGAUGGAAUUUGCUUAUGACAAAUAUGACUGGAGCACAGCGACGAGUUCAUUCAAGUACGACUAUUGCUCGGUCACGCAUAAUCAACCGGAAGUGUUCGCCAAACCGGGAUUAGAAGCGUUCAAAGUAAAGAAUCCGCCGUACCGUAUUCCCAUGCUGGACUAUCUGUCGGAAGGCGACUGCCAUGAAAUCAUGACGGCAUACAAAUCCGAUAAAAAUAAAAAAUGCGACGCGAAGCAGUGCGAUCCAGUUAAAUGCUUCGACAUGACGACAACAACGACAAGCACAAGCACAACCACAACAAAACCGACCACGACAAAGACCUCUCCGACAACCACCACGAAAACAACGACGACAAAGCCCACUACGACAACCACAUCGACAACACCGUCCACCACAACCAAAACGACGACUAAGCCAACCCCACAACACCCAAGACGACGACGGUGACAACGACGAAACCGACCACCCAAACGACGACGCCGCCUACAACGAAACCGACAACAACAAAAACGACAACCACACCAACCACCACCAAGACGACCACGACGCCAACGACAACCAAGUCGGCAACGACUCCAACGACUACCAAGCCGACA